CAUCACUUUGCUUGAAUUCUCUUCAUCAAGUUCAAGUACAUUCUCGUUCUCUCUCUCUCUCUCUCUCUCUCUCUCUCUCUCUCUCUCUCUCUCUCUCUCGCUCCAUCCACUAUCAUUCAUCCUGGUUCACUCUCCAUCACCCAAACAUCUAAUAAAGAUAUCAUUUUCAGAUUUUGUCCUUACUUAGAGGAACGUGUUUACAGCCAAAGCAUCUCUGUGCAAACACUACACCAUGGAGCUCGACAAGAUGGUGAACGGCCACUGCGAAAAAAGGGGCGAGGAGGAUGGGUUUGAUGCCCUAGAGAACAUGCCAGAGAGAGAAGAGCUUCUAGACAAAAAUACAGAUGAGAAGAAAGAAGAGAAGAAAGGAGAGUUUACAGAUUUUGUGGGGAAGACAUCAUUUGGGAUGUCCAUCUUUAAUCUCAGUAAUGCCAUCAUGGGCAGCGGUAUUCUGGGUCUAGCGUAUGCCAUGUCCAACACUGGCAUCAUCCUCUUUGUAAUUCUAAUCAUCCUCAUUGCUAUUUUGUCUGCGUACUCCAUCCACCUGCUGCUGAAGUGCGCUGGAGUGGUUGGGAUUCGUGCAUAUGAACAGUUGGGUUUUCGUGCAUUCGGAUCAGUAGGCAAAAUCAUAGCAGCCUGCGUCAUAACUAUUCAUAACAUAGGAGCCAUGUCCAGCUACCUCUUUAUUGUGAAGACGGAGUUGCCAGCUGUUAUUAUAGGCCUAGUGGACAAACAGACAAACUCAGAGUGGUAUGUGAAUGGAAGCUAUCUCAUCAUCAUCGUCAGUAUCUGUAUAAUCUUACCGCUUGCCCUCAUGCGCCAUCUUGGGUAUCUUGGCUACACCAGUGGUUUCUCGCUCACAUGCAUGUUUUUCUUCCUCAUAUCUGUUAUCUAUAAGAAGUUUGUUACUGCGUGUUCAUCUGAACACCCCAGCAUCAGCACCAACACCACAAAUAUGACUCUUUAUACCACUACACACAACCCUGAUGACUACAUGCACAACAGUACCUGUAAGGCGGAACUCAUCACUCUCACACCACAGGCUGCAUAUACCAUUCCUAUUCUGGCCUUCGCUUUUGUGUGUCACCCUGAAGUGCUGCCCAUCUACACAGAAUUGAAAAAACCAACUAAGCAGCGCAUGCAGAAGGUGGCUAAUAUCUCCAUCCUGUCCAUGUUCAUCAUGUACCUACUAACUGCCAUCUUUGGCUACCUCACUUUCUAUGGUAAUGUAAAAGAUGAACUCCUGAAGAGCUACUCCACCAAUGACACACUGAUGCUGUGUGUACGCCUGGCUGUGUUGGUCGCUGUCACUCUCACUGUGCCUGUUGUUCUGUUCCCGAUCCGUCGUGCUGUGCAGCAGUUGUUUUUCAAUAAUAAACCGUUUCGCUGGGUUCGCCACAUCGCCAUCGCUGUCAUUCUCCUCAUAUUUGUCAACAUCCUCGUCAUCUUCGUCCCUGACAUCAGAGAGAUAUUUGGUGUCAUUGGAGCCACAUCAGCACCCAGUCUUAUUUUUAUACUUCCCGGAAUAUUCUACAUCCGCAUCAUACCUGAAGAACAGGAACCACUGAAAUCUCGGCCAAAGAUCCAGGCAGCAAUAUUUGCAGCUUUGGGCUUCCUCUUCAUGGUGAUGAGCAUGAGCUCCAUCAUCAUCCAGUGGGUGACUGGGGGCAGUAGAGUGGGAGGACACUAACAGACAUUAACACAGCAGUAACCAGUGCAGUAAAGAUGCACACACAAGCACACACACUUUCCAUCAGUUACCAUCAAACAACUUGGACCUCGAAAACCGAGCAUGCUGCAGAACAAAGCCCAAAGCAGCAACUGAGACAUUGCUGUAAAACCUACUCUGUGAAGAUUUUGCAGAAGGCUCGUGUCAUCUUCUUAUAUAAGUAUCCCAUAUUCUACCGCUGUUAUAAAUACUGGACCCGAUGCCUGCCAGAUGGAUGGAUGGAUGGAUGGAUGUGUAGAUGACAGCAGUAAGGAAAACAUUCAUUCAGGAAUUCUCAGAUUUUUUCAGUAUCAGUUUAAUUUCAGUGACUAAUCAAAGGCUUCUAUUGGAACUGUGAACAGAAACAACACUGAUAAGCGCUCGAACACUGCCACACUGCCAUCCUGACUGUGUAUGCUCAUGCUGGGAAAUUUGUAUUUUAUGAAUCUUACACAUCUGAAAUUCCAACAUAAAGACCAAAGACAAAUACUAGGGACCAUAUUACAAAAAACUACACAAGGUUGAAGUUAAAGAUGGUGCGCAACUGAGCUAAAAAAAAAAAUGUUAGACUAAAAUAAUAUUAGUAGUCAAACAGUGAAUAGAGUAGGCUUUCAGGGAGGAUUACAAAAAUGUCAUAUAAAAUUAGUCAUAUCACAUGAGAACUAAUGCAAGUAUAAAAUAUUGAUUACAAAGGAUGUGUUAUAUUUCUGGAGCUCCCACGUGUUUUACAUCACAGCGGAAUGUUUAAAGAAAAGUUUGACAUUAUGAGGUCAUUGUUUUUGUUGUAAAUUAUUGCACAGCAAAGAAGAUAGUUCUGAAAAGUGUGUGUUUUCAGUACAUCUUAAUGCACAGAAAGGCUGCAGAUCUUAUAAAGCGCUGAGUUUAAUUUAGUUCCCGUGCAUGCAGAUGGAUUUUCAUGACUUUUAUAUUUGUAAAUGCUGAUUGUUUUCUUAGAUUACUCAUGAAGAUCCCUCCUACUCCAACAAUCUACAGUAUAAUUUCUGACUUAACUCAUUUUUACUGCACACUCCUCUUGAAGUCAUUUCAGGUUUUCUGACCUGCUUUGUGAUAAAUGAUUUGCACUACUCGGUUACCUGGGUAGGUUUUAAAUCAUCGUUGGGUAAUGCUUUAUGUUAAUAACACUUGACCACUAUAUAUAGUAAGGAUUAUACAUAUAUAUGUAUAUUCCUUUUUUUUCACGUGCAGAAAGAAGUUACAUGUAAAAAUCUGGUUACCCCAAAAGUUAAAAUAAACAAACAAGAACCACAGACAUUUUGACAAUUAAAAGCUGAUCAAACUGAAUUGAUUAGCAUUUCAGUUAGCAUGUAGCUCCCUAACAGCUUCAUCAAAGCUUGGAAUUCUCAUGUACCCUCUAUGAACUUUGACAGAAGAAAGCAUAGGGAAGAUUAAAAACGUAAAUAUUAGCUUUCCAAGUAAUUUUUGUAAGCAUGUUUGUCAGAUUUCAGCUGCAGUGACAUCUAGUGGUUUCUUAAACCAUCACACCGAUGACUUCUGUUGUAUUACACUCCUGUCACACACACAAAAUUGUGCACUUUUAUUUGUCAGCUCCUGGUUAUUUUGUCAACACACACUGAAGAUUCAUGUCAUCACCCAUGUUUAGUUUUGUCUGUGUAACCAGUUUAUGAAGUGCUGUGUACUGUAGGUCAUGUGAGCAGUAUUGACCCGUUCAACCAAAAAGUGUUGUCAACUUUUAUAAAAUUUGGGAUGAAAAUAAUUUUAUAUAAAUUUUGUGUAAAUUUAUGACAACAGGGACCAUGAACAGGAACAAGAAGCAUUUGUGUACAAAAUUUGAAAAUAAACAUAAGUUAUUUGUUAUUUGUAAA